AUGCUUUCCACUAUACGUCGAUUCAGCACAACUGGACUGGCCCUUGACCAUGCUAGGACCAUCAUCAAUCCACUGAACUAUGUUCUCCGUAGAGCAAGCCCACAAUCUAAGGCUUGUUUGGUGCUCUCCACUCAAUCGAUGAUCAACUCUGUCAUUGAACAAGUGCUGCAAUUACAUCAAGAAGAUCCAUCCAUACAAGUAGCAGUUGCCGCCGUAGACUCCAUGGUUGGUUCAAGACGUCAUGGGGUAUCCGAGCUUUGGCUAGACGAGCCGAUCUCAGUACGAGAACAUGAGCUUUUGAUAGAUGAAGAUGCUGAUAAACCAUUACGUGAGAGUGACGGAAUUAACGUUGUUCUGGCCCGUCUGAAUUGGAAACUUACUCUGGCUCGCUUAGGGCUUUCCUUUAAUGAUAAGGUUAAUGUAGAUGUGAGUUUAACCAAUACCCUUUUUUCAACAGGACAUCUGUCUACAUUGUUUGUAGUUGAAGAGGGACAAAAAUAUUCUGGACAAGUAUUAAAGAACGUACGUAUUGCGUUGAAGACUAAGGAUUCUAAGAUAAUCAACUCUACUGAUAAAUGGACAGCAUUGGGAGACGAAAAUGAAAAACCACUCAUUAUAACGAAAAGUAUUGGUAACUUGGUAAAACAAAUUAACAAUGGAUCAGCUUCUGCUUACCUCCAAGAUAACGAAAAACUCAUGAGCAUUGGAUCGAAGGACACCGAAGUCUAUGUUAAGUUGUACAAGAAGGAUGCGGAAAUUGGAGAAGAAAAGAAAGCACAACGAUUCCAAGUUAUUGCAGGAGGAGGUGGUUGGGGGGCCAAGGCAAGUACCUUGGUAAUUUCUCCAGAAGCUGAGAUCCAAGAGGGAGAUAGACUUGAGUUUUUCAUGCUUACGCCCACAGAUAAGUUUCUGGGACCAUCCAAGGAUGACUUGAAAGAAGCAAGUAGAGAAUCUGGUAAUGAUAUUGCAGCUUUUGAAUGUAGUUAUGAACAGGAAACUUACGAAGGAGAAGGAAAGUAUACUGAGUCUAAGGUGAUUGAAGGAAUUUUUGGAGGUGGAUCGGAGUCUGGUUUCAAGGUUGGAAAUGUUCAACAUGGAUCAGCUGGAGAAAGAGUAGAUAUACAAUUGUAA